UCACAGUUAUUACGUGACUCGGUGCGACUCGGAUAUCGUAGCCACUUUCGCAAGAUCCUGCGACUGACAAUUGACGGCAAGUCAGAAUCACUCUUAGGUGGAAUUUGGUCUCGAAACACUAGUUCUAUAAAGAAGGUAAGGUGUCUAGUAUUUGGGGCGCUCCUAACCGAAGAGAAGAUUGAAUAGCAUGAGCUCUCUACAUUCUACCUCAGCCCACGUUCGAAAACUUAUAAUAUGAAGUCGGAUAACCCUGAUAUUCAGGACCUUCGAAACGUCAUCCCCAAGGAUUGCUUUCGUCCCUGCACGCAGACUUCUCUCUACUACAUCACCAGAGAUGUCGUGGCUUCGGCAGUGCUCGCGUGUCUCGCCUUUAAAUACAUCAAAGAAGAUCAACUUGGACUCAUCCCAUACUUCCUGGCAUGGGCAGCGUACUCCUUCCUCCAGGGUCUCGUGUGUACCGGUAUCUGGGUAUUGGCCCAUGAAUGUGGCCACGGGUCGCUCUUCUCCUCAGCAAGAAUGAACGACACCUUUGGAUUCAUACUUCAUUCUUUCCUGAUGGUCCCGUACUUUUCCUGGAAGUACACUCACCGGCGCCAUCAUCGGUUUACAGGACACGCAACUAGGGACGUCGCCUUCGUGCCAGCUAUGAAACCAGCCGACUCUGACAGAGACAUGUUCUCUCCUUCCGGGCCCAUGGAAGAAUCAGAUGUCCCAAUAGUACAAGUAGUCUCGCUGAUGGGACAGCAACUGCUCGGCUGGCCUUUACACGUUUUGUUCAAUGUGUCUGCCGGUAAAGACAGUCUUCUGCGAGAGGUUUCCGGACCCUCUCGUUGGUUGAGAGUCAGCCACUUUGAUCCUUGGAGUUCUAUAUUCAGGGAAAACGAAGCAUGGCACGUCUUGGCUUCAGACUGCGGUCUCGGCCUCAUGGUUUUAUUCUUGUUCUGGUGCAGCAAGGAACUUGGUACAACCAGCAUAAUCCUGCUAUAUCUUCUUCCUUACUUAUGGGUUAACAAUUGGCUUGUCGCUAUCACCUAUCUACAACAUAACCACCCCAGCGUCCCUCACUACACCGACGAUGGAUGGACUUUUAUAAAAGGUGCCCUUUCAACCAUUGAUAGAGACUUUGGCUUCAUUGGGAGGCACUUCUUCCAUCUCAUCAUUGACAGACACGUGGUUCAUCACCUGUUUCCAAGAAUACCAUUCUAUAAAACAGACACAGCUACUGCUGCCAUCAAGCCAGUAUUGGGUGAGUUAUAUCAUUACGAAGACCGUAGUUUUUUCGGCGAACUAUGGUACCAGUUUCGCACUCUCAGGUACAUGGAAAAUGACCCCGAUCGUCCUGGCUGUACCCGAUGGACGUUGUAACGAGAGACAUUGUUAGGAUUGAUUGGAUUCACAAAAUAGACGUAUCAGGCCUAAUUUGAAAGAAAGCGUUAUGUAUUCAAUCGCAGCAUGAGC